AUUUUUCCCUCAAGUACUUUGGUGAUGACGAGUAUGAGAAAGACACAGAUGAAGAGGAGGGGGAUGGGCUGAAUAUUUAAAUAAAAUUGUUUUUCUUUAACUUUACCUCUGAUCUUUGUGUAUCUUUGAGCAUGCAGUGUGACUGUGAGUCUUUGUGUUUGUGCCUUUACUACCGUUACUACCACGACCAAAUGUUACAUACAACUCUGAGUAUUAUAUACAAAGCCCGUUUGAUAUAAUAAACAGUAUUUAAUUUGUGAACCUUUACUUUUACCGUUUAUUUUUGUCUUAAUUUGCGGAAUUAUUCCACUGAAUCAUCAUUGUCUGACUAGGAAGUAAUGUUUGAUUCCCGUUCCUGCACGUUCCGUUAUUAGCGACGCACACCGGGAUAAUUGGUAUAGGUGUUCAUAUCUUGUUAGUAUAUUCCGGUCAGGACAAUUGAAAUUGUUUAGGCAAACAGACCGAGAGCAAGCGAUCAGAAUUUAUCACCACCCCACGACAUCCUGCAGGAUCUCGCUCCGGACUGAGCGAGCAACAGAAUCACGGUCAUCAACCACGUAUGUGCAGGUCAGGGUCCACUGUAUGACGGGGCAGUCUUUUGUUCACCUCGAUGGGCCGUUAACGAAUGAGCUAUCGAGCUAUUCAGCUGAUGGAGCUUAAAUUCUAGGUUAAAUUCCAAGUGAGUAUUUGUUGCAAUAUGGACUGUUUGUUAUUAUUAUAUAAUAAUAUAAACUAGUCAGAAUAACAGACUUCAUCUGUCACGAAAUAAGUAUCUUUUCAGGGUACACUUAAAUUCUUGUUAUAAAUUUUAUUUACACACUUAUACCAAUACUUCUGACUAGUUUAUAUUAUUAUUUUGUGCCACUAAAGUAUUAUUUAUGAAAUACUAUUAAAUUUGCUUUCACAUCCCUAACAGCAAGAUGCUCCCUAGCGUUCCAUCGGAAUAUCCAUCCAUCUCCCAGUGGCUAAGGACGUGAUGGUUUUUUUUUUAAAGAAAAAAAUUCUAGUGAACUCCAAAAUGGUCUUGUUAAUUUGCCUGACCAUAUAUCUUGUUAUAUAUACCUGUAUGCCAGUUUUUUGUUUGUUUUUUUUUAACUCUAUUUAUUUGCAUAAUGCUUAAUCAAAACAUACAUUUUAGAUAGUCCGAGCUGCAUUUUCAAGACAAAGUGAUAUGCCAAGCAUUACACCACAGAAGGCGUAUCCCUCCAGACCUCAACCCAGCUUUGUAUUACCUGUCAACGAAUUGGUGAUUGGUCGCCUGAUGCCUCAGAAUAGGUGGGCGUGUCUAAUGUUUGGGCAUAAAUACAGAGGGUACAUUCAAGGUACUUUACUCUUUUUUGGAUAAGGAUAUAAAUUCUGUUCCUGCAUUUGCUUAAUUUUGCUUUGAUACCGCUUUAAGAAUGGCUCCAAACAGGUAAGACAUUUUGUGUCAUUUAGUGUAUUUGCUUGUGUUUAUUUGUGUUUCUUUCACUGGACUUUCUCUGUACUCAUGGUCUCGUUAUUUUGAAGGUUUGCUGAACGCAACAUUGUCCACUGCUUGCGGUGCAAGAAGCCGCAGAAACCUCUCGCUGGCCACCUGGCUAGAGUGUGUAUGAAAGACAGCACAGCAGAAGAAAGGCAAGCUGAGAUCCAGAAGGCCAAGGUAUCUUCCAGACGGUGGGUCUGGAGGAACAGGACCUGGGAUUACCGCCAGCUUUGUUCUAUCCUGCCCCACAGUCCGUGUGCUUCUUUACUGGCGGAAGAAUUUCAGAGGCGUGGGUUCUUUAUCACCAACAUGCCGCUAGAGUCAGACAUGGCCAUUGACUCAGGUGAUGCCACCUCCUCACAACAGGGUUCGACUUCUGAUCAGAGAUAUGAUGACAGUGACACAGUACCAGGCCAUUUUGGCGGUAGCCAGGAACGACUUCCUGAAAAUCUUUCGGAAGCUCGUCUCAAGCGCACAGGUCCUCUCAACAGAGGAGACCAGCUAUCGCCGCUACUGCACGGCACUUUUGGUGUUACGUCACUUUCAGUGCCCGGCAGCUGUGCAAGGCCUGACCGUGUCAGAGUGGGUCAACAGGAAGGAAGUUGACGACAGGGUGGUGAUUGGCUUCGGCCGAAAUGAAACGAUGCAGCGAGCUGCCUGUUUUGCCUUGACAAAGGAGGAGGAAGCUUGGUUGCAGGCAUAUUACUCGCACAUCCGGCCAAGAGUGAUCAGGAGUGACCUGAACUGUGACAGGUUCUUCCUUUCGUCAGCUGACACUGCUUUGCUCACAGUUUCGAAUGACCUCGGUGUGCUCCACAAAGCUUAUGAAAAAAGCUGGAGUAUGGGAACACUCGAAAACUUUUUAAGAGCCACCAGUCGUCAGGCGAGAGGUGCUUUAGAGACAGCGGCGGCUAACCUGACGGACACGGAGAAGGAGGCCGUGUCCUCUUACCUGGCCUACAACACUGCUGUGGCCAAACUGCGCAGAGUACCUACGCCACAGACUGUAGUGGCCACGGCUACACUGCUGGACUCCUUGGCAGGCUCUGACACCGACCGGUUUUCCGGUCCAUCGGGCACAAAGUCUUUAGACUUUGCAGCCUUUUUAAUGAGGUUUCCGGCAUCGGCAGACAGCAAAGCACCCACCAAACUGGACAGGUUAAAGACAGGGUUUCCGGGCGAUCGUGUCUUCUACGACAAGUGGCGUGCCGCCCAAAAGGCCAAAAGAAUGGAACGGCUGCUGAAGGCCUUUACCCGAAAACCCCAAGAAAGCAGGGUGAAAUACGGGAUUCUGAAGGAAGGGUGGAAGAACAACUGUCCAAAGCCAGCGGAUGUUUUGGCGGCCUGGAAACCAGCCACCCAAUUUGUCAUCGAGACUGAUGAGGACCUCCGCCGGAACGUGUCUCAGCAGACGUGGAAAGGCCUGGCCAUCAAAGAUUUUGGUGGAGAGAAAGGGCUAGCAGUUGUUGCAACCCAACCCUUUUCAAGGGUGACAUCGUGUGUGAUUACCAUGGGAAGGACCGGCCAGAGGCCUCUCUGCAUCGACGCGCAGACUUUUCCCUGUGAAUGCCAUCCCUGUGCAGACACUGUGGGCAGAAGAUUGAACCAUUCAUCCAAGCAAGCCAACCUGUGUCCUGAACCUUUCGUUUUGAAGGUGAAUGGACAGGACGUGGAUGUCGUCCUCUUCAGGGCCCUGCGGGACAUCAGUGUGGACAUUGAACUGAAGUUUGACUAUGGGGUGAAAAGGAAGUCCUUCCGAGGAGAGGACCAGGAUCUGCAAUGGCUAGAUGAGUGA